AUGAAGUUCUCGGCAAAGGCAUUGUUGGAACAGCAAGGAUGGAAAGAAGGACAGGGAUUAGGAAAGGAAAAACAAGGGAUUAAAGAUGCCAUCAAAGUAAAUGUGAAGAACGACAAAUUUGGGGUAGGUCAUGAUUUAGGUGAAGAGUUCACUUAUCACUGGUGGGACCAUGCCUUCAACAGAGCUGCCAAGAAUAUUAAAGGUACUAUUCAGUUAAGUAAAGAAGGUGAAACAACAGAAUUGAGUACCAAAAAGUUGAGCAAAAAGUCCAAGAAAAAUAAAAAGGCCAACAAAUCUGAUGUCUAUAAGAGUUUUGGAAAUUUUGUGAAAGCGGCCACAUUAACAGAUGGACAACUCACUCAGCUCAUUGAUGAUGAUCAGGAUGAUGAUGAGGAAGAGAAGGAAGAUGAGUCUGGUGCUGUUUCAAAUUAUACAGAUGAAGAGUUGUUCAAACUAUGUGGAGGCUUAACUGCCCACAAAGGUGCAAGACAUGGAAUUAAUUUGAAAGGAAAGUUGGACAGAAUAAAUGAGCAAGAACGACAUCAUCAUCAGCAGAAGAAGCAGAAAGGUUCUGGCGAAUCAGGUCUCAGUACAAGUCUCAUCACAGGUCUCAGAACAGAUAAUAACUCUUUAAAUACAUGCAUUAUGCCUGAAACUUUUGUAUAUAAUGAUGAAAAUAUCUGUAAAAAGAAGACUAAAAAGCAUAAAAUGAAAAAAUGUGACAGUCUCACCGAUAAUGAUGAUGGUGGUGUGGAUGUGUUAGGUGUAACUGAGGGAACGAAAAUUGUGGAACACAAAAAUGUUGAUUCAACGAUAGACAGUGUUUGUCCUGCUGAUGAUGUUAACAAACCAAGAAAGUCUAAAAAAAGAAGAAAAAACUCUGACGCUGAUGCUCCAAUCGACUGCAUUUCAUCUACCCAGGCAAAUAUUGACAGAACAUUGUCUCUUAAAAAGAAAAAAAUUUAG